GAGCUGAGAGACACUCAGAGGACAGAAGAGAGAGAGACACAGACAGAGAGGAGGGAGAAAACAGAGGGAAUAAAGAUCUGUAAGACUGUUCCUCUCAUUUAGUCGUAGAUGUUCGGUGUUUGUGGUGGAUUCAGAGGACGGCGGCUCAGCCUUUGUGUUCCCCGUGUCUUUUUGUCCCUGGAUGUUGGAGGAGUGAAGCAGAGGGAUUUCCACUACGAUGAGCCAGCUCUGCUGUUCACCUGAACAUGAGAGCUGCGCUGACUCAGUGAAAAAGUGUGCYAUGACAUCAGGGAGUGAGAACAACAGCACAGAUGAGAGAGGGCUGAUCCAACAAACUCAGAAAAUACAACAGCUCUCACCAUCACUGAGUCGCGGCGGCAGUCUCUGAAACCCUGGGAGUUAGAUGCUAAGAGGAGCUGUUGAAGCAAUUAGCAGAGGUGGGAGCUGAGAGCGACCGGUUGGUGGGGGAGAAAUGUUCGGGCUGGGCGGCCAUGCGGCCCUGACACUCAUGUCGUUACUGCUGCUGUUGUGGCAGGAAGCAGCAUCCAUUGAAGUUCCUGAUGACCGUUUGAAUGGCGAAGAAAUGGAAAGUUUCUCAACAUUGUUAAAGAUCCCAGGGUGAACAUGAGGAAACGAUCGGGAACCUUGGAGAUCAGUUUCCGCAGUGGAGGACGACCGGAGGAUUACGAAGGAGAGUACCAGUGUAUUGCCAGCAAUUCCUUAGGAAGAGCUCUGUCCAACAAAAUCCUGCUCCGUGUUUCCAAAGCCCCCCUGUGGCCUAAGGAGGUGCUGCAGCCGGUGAUAGUGACUGAGGGCUCCCCACUGGUCCUACCCUGCAACCCACCACCAGGCCUGCCGCCACCCUCCACCUUCUGGAUGGACAGCAAUAUGACUCCUAUUUCUCAGGAUAAGAGACUAUCCAUGGGCCUGAAUGGAGACCUGUAUUUUUCUAAUGUUUUGGUCCAAGAUGCUCAGAGAGACUACAGCUGCAAUGCUCGAUUUCUCUUCAUCCACACCAUCCAACAAAAGAACCCCUUUACACUCAAAAUUCAGACCAUGGAGCCAUAUAAUGACACAUCUUACAAUGCCACUGACCCCUACGGUGGCCGUAAAGUAGCAGAAUCCACGCCGACCUUCCGACUCCCACUAUUAAGUGGUUUAAGAAGGGUGGAGAUCUGCCAGUGCAGAAAGUAAGGUUUGAAAACUACAACAAGACACUGAGGAUCGUCAACAUAUCAGAGGAGGAUGUCGGCGAAUAUGUUUGCAUGGCCAAUAAUCACCUUGGCAGCAUCCGACACUCCAUCUUUGUUGAAGUUAAAGCGGCUCCUUAUUGGUUGGACAAACCCACAGACCUGGUCCUGGCCCCAGAAGACAAUGGCCGCUUGGUGUGUCGGGCCAACGGCAACCCUAAACCGACCAUUCAGUGGUUCGUCAAUGGAGAGCUGAUAAACGUGACCUCAGGCACCCCUGUAAAUCCAAACCGACAAGUUCUGGGUGACACCAUCAUCUUCCGCUCAGUGCAGAUUGGAAGCAGUGCUGUGUACCAGUGCAACGCCUCAAACCAUCAUGGAUACUUGCUGGCCAAUGCCUUCGUCAAUGUUCUUGACAUGGUUCCCACAAUGCUGGGCCCCAAAAAUCAGCUGAUAAAAGUGACCAGAAACAACCGGACCUUCCUCCAUUGUCCCUUUUUCGGCUCUCCGUUUCCUACGCUGCGCUGGUUUAAGAAUGGACAAGGCAGUGGGCUAGAUGGAGGUCAGUACCGGGUUUACGUCAAUGGUACCCUGGAGAUAAAACGGACUCGAAAAGAGGACGAAGGCAUCUACACCUGUGUGGCCACCAGCAUCAUGGGCUCAGCUAAUAACCAGGUCCGCCUGGAGGUUAAAGAGCCGACUCGGAUCAUUCUAGCUCCAGUGGCUCAGUCAGCUGCCAGGGGUUCCACAGCUCGCUUUGACUGUAAGUCAGAGUCCGGUCUGCCCACCUCUGUGACCUGGACCAAAGACGACCAGCCGCUGCACCUGGGAUGGAGGCUCAGGAAGGAUGAAGAGUCUCUGACCAUCCCAAACAUUAACGAGGGUGACGAGGGGACGUACACCUGCACCGUUACAUCAGAGAUAGAUCAGGACUCAGCCUCGGCCCGGCUCACUGUGUUAGAGGAGUCUUCCCACCACCACUCAGUCUCUAGUGCCUUACCUCCAGGACGUCCAGAACCACCGAUGGAUCUGGAUCUGUCAGAUCCAGCAGCCCGUAGCGUUCGUCUCACCUGGAUCCCUGGAAACGACAACAGGAGUCCYGUCACAGAGUUCUUGGUCCAGUUCGAAGAGAAUCACUGGGAACCAGGCAGGUGGCAGGACCUGUCCACCUACCCCGGAGACCUGAACUCUGUCAUCCUGCAGCUCGCCCCUUUCGUCAACUACCAGUUCAGAGUCAUCGCCAUAAACUCAGUGGGUCAGAGUCUGCCGAGCAGGCCCUCCCCACGCUACAAAACCAGCGGAGCACCUCCAGAUGCCAUCCCCAGGGAUUUACGAGGAUGGGGCUCCCAGAAGGACAACAUGGAGAUCACCUGGGAGCCACUGCGUGAUUUGGAGAGAAACGGCCCAAACCUGCUCUACAGUGUGUGGUGGAGACGAAAAGAUGAUGGGGAGGAUUGGAACAACGUGACCACGUUCCACUCCAAACAUGUUGUCCACCCCACUGACACGUAUGUGCCUUAUGAGAUCAAAAUCCAAGCCAGGAAYGACUUUGGAUCAGGACCUGAGUCUAAUGUUGUCRUUGGGUACUCUGGAGAAGACAAGCCCACGAGGGCACCCACUGAACUGCGAGUGUCAAAGGUCAGCAGCAACAGAGCAAACAUCCACUGGACUCCUGUGGAUCUGAGUUUUGUUCAUGGAGAGUUCAAGGAGUACAGACUGUAUUACUGGCGUGAGUCCAGUCUAGUUCCAGGCCUGGCSGUCAAUAAGGAGAAGAAGGUCAAAGGUUUUUACACCACUGUGGCAGCACCAUAUGGUAUUCUGUCUGACUUGGUGCCCUACUCUAAUUAUAAGAUGUUCAUGGUUGUGGCCAACAGUCGGUUUGAGAGUCCACCUAGCAACACGGUGAAAUUCACCACUAAGGACGAUGUUCCAGAUGCUCCAAGGUUUUUCCGGAUUAACCGCAGAAGUAUGGACACCAUUUAUCUGGAAUGGGACAAACCUUUAGAGCCAAACGGCAUAAUUAUUGGCUACCAGCUCAAAUACCAAACAGAAGACACAACAGGUGAAGUUGAUCUUACGGACACCUCCUUGUCUUCUGCUUUCUCUCCUACCCCUCCUCCUCUUGCUCCUCUUCCUCCUACUACCAUUGCUCCUACAACUUUUGCUACUAUCAGCGAGGAAACAGACACCAGCACGCCUCAUGUGCUGAUCUUCACCGAGCAUAUUGAUGAGAAUUUGUUGGUUGAGUUUACGGACACCUCCUUGUCUUCUGCUUUUUCUCCUACUACUCCUCUUCUUCUGCCUUCUACUGUUGCCCCUACAACAAGUAGUCCCUCAACUACUACCACAACCACUGCUUCCACUACUACCACUGAGGCGACCACGACCAGCACACCUCCUGUGCUGGUCCCCACUAAGCGUACCGAUCAGAAUGUGUUGGUGGCACCUGGGCGGGAGAUCUGGAAUCUGACGGUGGACUCUAACAGUAACUAUGCAAACAUCAGYUGGAGACACAACUUUCCUGUGGACAGCAGCGAGUUUGUGCUAGAGCUAACUCUGGACAGUGACAAGACAGUGAAAGUUGUACCGGUGAAACAACCACCGCCCAUUACUGUGACCGAGCUGAUCGCUGGUGCAAAGUACCACCUGAGGGUUUACUCCCAYGAGCUCAACAGCGUCAGCAGCAAAUCUAUCGAGUUUAAAACCAAAGCAGCUUACAUGGAUGAGGUAGACAUCGCCACUCAGGGGUGGUUCAUUGGCUUGAUGUGCGCCAUUGCCCUCAUUAUACUGAUCCUCCUUAUUGUCUGCUUUAUCAAGAGGAGUCGUGGGGGGAAAUACCCAGUUCGAGAGAAAAAAGAUCUGCCCCUAGACCCAGUGGACCAGAAAGACCAGGAUGGAUCCUUUGAUUAUCACAGCGAUGAAGACAACAAGCCCCUGCAGGGCAGCCAGACUUCUCUGGAUGGAAAUGUGAAGGAAAGUGACGACAGCCUGGUGGACUACGGCGAAGGCGGCGAYGGUCAGUUCAACGAGGACGGCUCGUUUAUUGGUCAGUACACAGUGAAGAAGGACAAGGACGAGACGGAGGGAAACGAGAGCUCCGAGGCCACCUCCCCCGUUAACGCCAUCUACUCUCUGGCAUAGCACAGCAGCAAUGCAUGCUGGGACACUGAAACGACCUCUGAUUCCUGUUUGAUUCACCACUGUCCACACACACACACACACACACACACACCUGGUUAUCUGAAAGACAAGCGCAGCAGGAUCCUCUGCAGUGGACAAACACAAGGUGGAAUCAUUAACCUUUGUUUCCAGCUUGGUUAAAUUGACCAAUCAGAGGAGAUCUCUGGACAGACGGCCCUGUCGGCCCCUCCCCCACACACAGACUGCUGGUAGUGUGCCUUCAGGACACGUUUGGAGGCAYGAUCAAACACUCUUUAGAGGUUUAAAGCUUAUUUUUUAUUAUUAAGACAUGUUUUGAGUUUUGUUGAUUCCUCUCUGCCCUCAGAUCUCAGAUCAGUUUCAUGUUCCUGUUGCUGCUGAUGUGUCGCGUCCGGCACACGUGCCCACCCCGACACGUGUGCCGCAUCAGCCUCCGAGCACUAACCUGAGCAGGACUCCAACAGAUCCGUUUAUCAUAUUGAUAUUCAGGCAGCGAAUGGUGAAUGCUGUUCACACACUCGUGUUCGUCCCCCACACAACUAUGCACAACCUCCACUACAUGUUGGCUUUAACCUGGGUAGGAAAAGGCUUUAUUUUGGGCUUCUUUAUCUUAAAAAAGAAAAAAGCAAAAACAGAAAUCGCAUGUUUGUGUUUACUUUGCCUUGAACGAGGUGGUGAACGUGUUCCUCUGACCCAGAGUUCUCGUGCAACGUGACUUCUGUAACACAAAGCCCAUUCCUGCGCAACAAGAGCGUUCUGCUGGGAUCAUUUCCAUUUAAAGCAAAGAUUAAAGAAAAGAGUAUUUUUCAGCAUGGUAGUAAAGAAUGUGCACUUCRAAGAAAAGAGAAAAGUUUCAGUAGUUUAGUGAAAAACACCAAAAGAUCAAAGUCUGUUGAUUCUCUCAUUAGCAGCCAAGCUAAUCCUGCGUUCAUGCAUUAAUUCUUCACAUUCGUUUGUAACAUUAAGAUAAUCCCAGGUCUUAUUCUGACUGAAACAUAAAGUCUCUGCCUGUUCUGGUGGCAGAAAGGUGGCCCAAACUCUGACAUCACUAGAUUUCAUAUGUUCAUGAGUAAAUGGUACGGAGCACAAACUGGAGACAGUGAGACACAAUUAUUCAGGCAGAAUAAUCGUGAACUUUCCACAUUUUAUAGCUGAGUCUGAAGGAUCAGCUCAUGCAUGGAGGGAGAAUUAAAACUGUAUUCUGGCAAAUUAAAWCCACCCAUCACAAAAACUAAAUGUUUUUACUUUUUUUCUCUAAGCUCCUGUUUUUCUGUAGUAUUCUACGAUUAGCUGAGCUAAAACCACAAAUCACUUGUCUUAGUAAUAAAGAACAUAAAGGUUCAGUUUGUCAGACUUCAGCUGUGAGAUGCUGUGAAGCUGGAAGUUCCUGUGACGCCUGAAUGCAGCACUGGACUCUGAUACUGUAUCACUGGGUUCACAUGAAACUGUUUGAUCCAAACCCUGGACCCUGGACUCUACUGUGGACCCUGGACCCUGACCCUGCACGGGUCAUGUUGUAAUGAAGGAUUUUAUUUUCAUUAACAAACUUCACAUAAACCUCUUCUUGUUUGUCUUAGUCGACCUUUGACCUGCAGUUUGUUACAGAAACAGCCUCUGAUCAAACUGCAGUUAAAUCACAUUUAUCWGAAAGAAAAACUUCAUUUUAACUCCCGUUACAUGGUGACCGUUUGUUUUCGCAGUGCAGCUUUCAGAAACGUCGACUCAUCGGUUCUGUUUGGUUCUGGUUCUUUUCACUGAACAAUUCUCAGAUUAUUUUAGCUCGUAUAUUUAAGCUGCACUCUUCAGCGUCUUUUUAAAAUGUUUGAUGUUUUUCCUUUAUUCUAUGAUGUGAAUUAUAUUAAUAUAUGACUCUUUAAUUUAAAAAAAAUAGGUUUAUAGACGUUUGAACUAAUUUAUAUUCUUUGUUUAAGAAACAGCUAAAAUGAAGAAUCUGUCCUGGAUUAUCAUGAGAUUAUCAGGUUUUACAUUUAUCACCAUCAUCAUAUUUAGCUGCUCUUCUCGUCGUCAUGUUUUAUUCUUAAUGUUAUUCAAAUCUAUAAAGUAUAACAAACAGUUUUUUGUCAUUACUUGUCAUUUAUUGUGUACAUCUUUAAAAAUAUAUGAUCUUUGCAAACACGAGCCCGUCCUCCUAAAAAAAGAAAAGCUUUAUCUCAGCGUGAUGAAUCUGUACCCUCUGGUCAGGUGUGAGGCUUCUGCCUGGAACAGGAAGGAGACGCCUGCAGAACUGUUUCUGGUUCUGGUUCUGGUUCUGGUUCUGGUUCUGACUGUAGCAGAUCUGUCAGUCAUAUGUUCCAUGAUGUUUGAAAGUAUUUGUUGUGUAACAGAUUCACUCCUCUGUGAUGUAAAUAAGAAGCUCAGCUCUGUAGCAUUUUAAAGAYAUUCUUUAAACUCCUGUAAUCUUUCACCUGUAGAGUUUAAUCUCUGCUUUCCUUCUUCCUGUAUUAAUCCAACCUUUUAUUCUUCAUGUUAACGUGUAAAUUCAUGUCCAGUAUAACCAGUAAGAGGGUUUCUUCCUCUGCUUUCUCUGGGUUUCUGUUGGAAAUCUCUCCUCCUUUCACCAAAUCACUUUUAUCAUCUUUGGCAUUGAUACAUUUAUAAACUUGUACAUGAAACUCAUCUGGUGUUGGACACACUUUCAAUAAUCAGUGUUGAUGUCUUUCAUUAGUCAGUUUUAUUUGAUGAAAAGGUCAUUUUUGCACUCGUUAAUCACACUCUGCCCUGCAGAUCUGUGCAGAAAUCAUAAAUCUCAUCUUGUUUAGAGGUUUUCUGUUAUUUCUCCUCAUUUUAUAACAGAAAUGUUUCUUUUUGUUUUUCUGAGCAGCUGAAAGCUGACAUUUGAUCACUGAUUUGUUUGUUUUUCUGAGCUGAGUGAAGUUUAAGAUAUUUUUUUAGCUCAAACACGACAUGUCACCCUUCUCCUCACAGGGCCUUACCCUGUGUACCACAGAGGGAAAUGUAAAAAAAAAACUGCAUAUCUGCUGAGACGUAGUGCUUUAUUUCUCAUCCUUUUGUGUGUGCACGUGGAUUAGAGGUGCACACAGAGGAGAGAACUUGUUUUUACUGUCCACACUGUUUCUGCUCACCUUUCAAGGACGAUAAACAUGUUAGCUGAUUUAUUUGUUCCUUUCAAAAUGAUGAAAAGUCUGGAAUGGAUUUGGAUUUUGUAAAUGUCUGAAUACAUGUUGUUUGGCUCAUUAUAUGUUCUUUUGUUUGUUUGUUUGUUUGUUUGUUUUUUAUCUCUGGGUAUCAGAGCAGCUUGUUAAAGUCUUGCUUAAACAUGCAAAGUAACAGCAUUUGUAAGGAAGUCCUACUCCAGAAAAGAAAACUGUAUACUCACCAUGUAUGCGUGUAUGAGAUGUUGCAACUUCUGCUAGCGACGCCUUCUUUAUAGUAAAGCUAUCUCCUUUUCUCUA